AUGGAGCGAAUUUUGGGAAGUAUGGUGGGGUUCAUGCAAGAGACUCACUCCCGAGACACCCAUGCAGUCAGCAUGCUCGAUCUUUAUCGUCGACAGAACCCUCCCAUUUUUCAAGGGAAGCUAGGCGCGGACCCCAACGAAGGGGAAUUUUGGAUCGAGCAGACAGAGAAGCUACUGGAUCACCUGCACUGUAGAAAAGAAGAUAAGGUUAAUUGUGCCACCUUUAUGCUGCAAGACGAAGCAGACAGGUGGUGGAAGGGAGUCAAGAGGGCAAUGACCCCUCGGGCUAGAGCCCCCUACAUCACUUGGGAGCGAUUUAAGGAGCUCUUUAAUGAGAAGUACUUUCCCUUGAAUUUGAGAAUGAAAAAGGAAAGGGAAUUCAUGGAGCUAAAACAGACCGGAGACAUGACUGUUGCUCAAUAUGAAGAUGCUUUUAGCCGCUUGAUCCAGUAUAUGCCCAUUUAUGAAGGAGACGAAAGGAUCAAGGCUCAAAAGUUUUUGGGGGGGCUGAAUCUGAAACUUCAGAGGGCGUUGAGUAGUAUAAAUACUCAGUCCUAUUCAGAAGUGGUGCUGCAAGCUUUUACCACUGAGGCUAACCUAAGCCGAGUCAAAGCUAUUCAAGAGGAAAGUCGGCAAGGAAGCAGUCAUAAAGCGAGUAAGAAGCUGGAACUUCAGAAGCCAAAGUUCAAUCCUAGUAUUCCAUGCACUAAAUGCUAG